AUGUAUAGAUCUGUUUCUGCAUAUGAAAGAUUUGGAGUUGGAGAUGAAUUUUGUGGGUAUAUGGAUAGGCUAGAAGAAAACUAUUCAAAUGAGCUUGCAAAGGAAAUUAUUAAAAAAUUACAUGAACGAGCAAUUCAUUUUCAUUUCAGAAAUAAAAUAUUUGCAGGAGUUUACGAUAGAAUUGAGGACAUCACUCAAAGAAGGCUUGAUCAAGAAGAAAAAUGUAAUUUGGAGAAUGAACUUAAUUUUAUUGAUCCAAAAGAUUAUAAUAGCACACUUGCUGACUAUUCAGCCAAAUUGCAAAAAAUUGAUAACACAAAUCUCAAUCAUGUUAAAAAUUAUUAUUUAUCAGAAAACGCUCUAAAGUUGGGAAUGGAAAGAGCGGAUGUUAUCUCAGAUCAGUAUGAUAGAUAUGAUGAACUUCUUAAAGAAAUUGAGAAUUUAGAUAACGAAAUUUCAAAAAUCCGAAAUAAAAACGCUGAACUUCGUAGACAAAUUAAUCAUUAUACGAAAAGGCCAAAUGAAAAUAAGGAAAAGGAGGAACAGCUGAAGAAAAUUUACAAAGAAUAUAAGAAGAAGCAUAUUAAGCCUUCAUCUCUUAAAUCCUUAUUUAGUGUCUAA